AUGGCAGAUCCAAUCGUCUCUACCGUUGUCGGGAAUAUCAUUGGACGGUUGAGCCCUGAAGCCGUGAAAAAAUUUGGAUCGCUGUGGGGAGUAAAAAAGGAGCUCGAAGAACUCAAAAAAGCCAUUUUAAGCAUCAAAGUACUGGUGUUUGAAGCAGAGAAGAAGCUGCAGGCUGUCCAUGCCAAUGACAGAAUUCAAGUUACAAGGUGGCUGAAGAGGCUAGAAGAUGCUGUUGUUGAUGCUGAUGACUUGUUGGACGAAUUCUCCUCCUAUGACGCUCAACGGCAAAUGGGGAUCAUGGCUGACUGUAAGGAGGUGACAAAGAAGGUAUGUACUACUUUCUUGUCAGCCUCGAAUAAAUUACUACUUGCUGGCUUUCGUCGUGAAAAAAUCAAAAGUAUGCAUGAUAGACUAGUUUCGAUUAGAGAUGAUAGAAAAUUCCAUUUGGAGGUGAAUAAUACAAUUAAUGUCACUCCUUCUGACAAUGAGGGCAGAGAAAAGAUGGCAAUCAUGGAAUGUCUAUUGGAUCCCAAAAUUAAUGAAGGAAAUAAUGUAUCAGUAUUUGCCACGGUUCAUUACCGGUCGUCCGACAAAAGUGCACUUGUUAGGGGAGUGUUUGAUGAUGAGAAGGUCGUAAAUCAUUUUGACUUGAGAAUGAGGUUUGACGUCGAGGAUUUAAAUUUGAAUGAGAGAAGAGUCAUUGAAAGAAUAUUAAAAUCUGCAACUAACAAAGAUUAUGAAAAGAACAUAGAGAUGGAUCAGUUACAUAAGGAACUUUGUGAAAUAAUUGAGGGAAAACGUUAUCUCCUUGUACUCUAUAUAGACAAUAGCAACGGUGAAAUAUGUGGGCAAAGUUUGAAAUCUUUAUUCUUAGGCGAUUGUGCAAAUGGGAGUAAAAUAAUAGUAGCUUCAUGGGGAAUAAAAGCUGUUGCAGAUUUUAUGAGUGCAGUGGAACCAUAUAUUUAUAAGAGAUCAUUAGAUCCAGAAGAAUCUUGGAAUCUAUUUAAAAAUGUGGUUUCUAAGAAUAACGGACAGGAGGAAGAGGCGAAGGCAAUGAUGAAUAAUCCCAAAAUUGUGGAAAUUGGAAAAAGCAUUGUUGAGAGGUGUAGAGGGAAUCCUUUUACCAUAAGGACAAUUGGGAGGAUGUUGUUGUCGGAUAUGGAAUCUGAGAAUAAUAAUAAUAAUAAUCUUGUAGAAGCAAAAUAUUGGUUCUCCAGCUUCCUGGAAAAAUUUUCAAAAAUCCCUCAACAACAUAUUAAUACGUUACUAGUGCUAAAACCUGGUUGUUAUGAUAUUCUCCCAUUGCCUUUGAAACGUUGCUUUCUCUACUACUGUAGAUUAUUCCCUAAAGGAUUUGAAAUUGCGGGUGGAACAUUAUUAGAUCUUUGGGUGGCACAAGGGUUUAUUUAUUCUGAUUCAUCACCAGAAAAAUCUAUGAAGCAUGCGGCUUAUGAGUACUUUAAAGAUCUCGAGGACAAGUACUUCUUCGAGUCAACCAUGAGGGAUGACUAUUACCGGGACAGGUCUUUUGAAACUAAAAAGAGGACAUUCUGCGUGCCAGACCCCAUGCACGAGCUUGGAAUUCUUGUAUCGGGAGCGACAAGAUCAACUCAAUAUGUAUCUUUUGAAUUAGAAUCAUCAUCAAAAGUUCCAACUUCAGUAGCGUUUCAAGCAAAAAGACUUCGAGCAUUAAUUGUUUUCCGUAAGGAUAAGUUGGGCAGGGAAACUGAAAAGGGACUAAGUCAGUCAAUCUGUGAUAAGAUUACCACAGAUUAUAAAUUGUUACGUGUGUUGACUUUGCAUAAUUCAGGGGUGCCAAAUUCUAUUGGUAACUUGAAGCAUCUAAGAUAUCUGGAUAUUUCUGGAAAUCCAGAUAUCAAGGCAUUGCCCAAUUCUAUUACAAUGCUCCAUUGUUUGACAACGCUAAAGCUGUCCAAAUGUUAUGGACUCAAAGAGUUGCCAAGAGAUAUUAAGAAACUAAUCAACCUCGAACAUCUUUGGAUUAAUUGGUGCUACAGUUUGACUUAUAUGCCUCGUGGACUGGGUCAGCUAACUCAGCUUCAGACGUUAUCAGCAUUUGUGUUAUCGAAUUAUAAGAAGGGCAAUAUUGGGAAUUCAUGUUCCCUAAAAGAAUUGGCGAAGCUGAACAAUUUGAGAGGAGAGCUUAGAAUUAAAAAUUUGGGAAAUUCAGAAGAUGAUUAUUCUUACAAAAUAUUGGAGGCGAAAGAGCAUCUUAGCUCCUUAACACUGUCUUGGGAUUCCACUGCUAAUGUGGGGGUCGACAAUGCCAGUAAAAGUAAUGCAACACCUGAAAAGCAAUUGGAAUGCCUGGAGCCGCACCCAAAUAUGUCAGAGUUAGCUUUAGUGGGGUAUGAGGGUAUCAAGUUUUCUGGUUGGCUUUCUUCUCUAAGAAAUUUGAGAAAUUUUUCAUUAAGGAAAUGUAAUUGUCAGCAUCUAUCUCCCCUAAGUCAGCUCCCAUCUCUUAGGGUAUUAAUACUAGACCAGAUGACUAAUUUGGAGUAUAUCAUCUCCAAAGAUGUCGUCUUUGACAGUAGUGCCGAAGAUAAUUUAUUAACAUCCUUGUAUGAAAUUAGGCUUACAGAAUUGCCUAAUCUAGAGGGAUGGUGGCAAGAAGAACAUCCUACUACUACAUCAUCAUCACCAUCAUCUCUGCCAUCAUUUCGCAGACUUAGGAGAUUGGUCAUUGAAGAUUGCCCCAAGUUGCGUUCCAUGCCACUCUACCGGAAUUUGAGAGAUUAUCUAGUAUUGGAUAAUACUAGCUUCGACACAUUCCAACACACAAUCAACGCUUGUCGGAGUGAUAGCAGCUUCCCUUUCCUCAGGUGGUUGAAAACUCUGUGUAUCAUUGGGAUUAAGAAGCUUGACAUUAGCCAGUGCGAUAACAUCAAGUGGGAACGCUUUCGAAACCUACGCUUUCUGAGAUUGGAUUAUCUACCAAAACUAGACAAGCUCCCCGACGGCCUUCAACAUCUUACCAGACUCGAACAACUCCAUAUUUGGCGCUGCAAUAUCAAAACUCUUCCGGAAUGGAUAGGGAAUUUCAAGUCUCUUAAAAACCUUGGAAUCUCAGUCUGUCCUUAUUUGAAUUCACUGCCUCAAGCACUAGAAAGCCUCCACAGAUUAGAAACACUGGAGAUCGAGGAUUGUGCCAUCAUAUUCCAAAGAUGCCAAAGAGAAACCGGUAAAGAUUGGGAUAAGAUCCAACACAUUCCAAAUCUGAAAAUGCGCCAACCUCAAUCUUCUCUCUCACCUCGAUUUUAA